AUGUCGGCAGGAUAUGACCGCUACCACAGACCAUUCUACAUCUCAGCAGAUCCUGUCCUCUUCCCACUGGCCCUCCUUACAAACAACACGGAAGACGUGAAUGCGCUGCCUUCAGGCCUGGCUUGUUCAUGUCUAUUUCCGGCUGGUCGUGAUCUUGAUUUUGCUUGCCAUGCAGGAUCAGAGGCGAUGCCUGCUUCGAAUGCUGAGGGCAGGGCCCACUUGAAAAUCGCGACCUGGCCGCUAGUUGCAAGUGCUGUGGCUGAGUGUGUGCCGAGCACAACUCUGACUCAGGAUCUGGGAGGAGCGUGGCUGGUAUCCAGCGUCCUUUAUGCUUUUCAAUUCGAUUUGCGGAAUCCAAGGGCCUCCAAGGCGGCCAAGUACUUUCCGGUGCCACCGCCAGAAGUGGAAAACGUGACGAAUGAGACGAAUGAGACGAAUAUGACCAACAUGAGCAAUGAGACCGAGAACGACAGCAACGUUUCAAUCCCAAUGGAGCCUGAGAACCCAAACAGAUGGCAGUUCGUCACAAUUGAUCGUGCGGGGCGCAUGGUACACAAUCAGAUCGUGGAUGGCUACACUUUAGAGCCACCCACGAACGUGAGCAAUGCGUCAUCUGGUCCCUCGGAAGUCGCCGAGCUGUUUGAAGCAGCCGCUUUCUUUCCCAGCUCGGUCGACGCAGGGUCGAUUACCGACAUCUGUGCUGCUUUCAGAUUGCGAAGCCGAGCAUGCCUAUCACCGUAUGGCUGCGAACUUCACAUCUAUCCGCCUCCUGGAAAUGGAAAGAUGAAGCUCGCACAGCCCGCGCUCUUUGCUUUCUUGACAGGUGCUGAGCACGGCCUGGAUCCCUUGACCACAUGCACGGCGCAGUUCAACCAGACCUCGAUGCAGACUCAAUUCAUACUCAUCCUGCCCCCCAGCAUCUUGCUGGACUUCACCUCGUAUGCAUUCCAGUUCUCAUUGAUCAACCCAUCCCAGACACCUUUGGACAACAACUGGGUCGUGCAGCUGUGGAGCAUCGAUGUGCAAGGCGGAGCAUUCCAGCAACGCCUCACGCACCAACAAGAUGACGUGUCCGGGUUCGAGGUGCUUGCCCAGCCACCAAUCACUCCCACCCUCCAGUACGUUCGGGCGGACAAAGCCGUCCGAUUGAAGGACAAGGACUAUGCAGUCGCAGUGGAGUUCAAGACGAGAGUAGACUGUGGUGGCUACAACUGGGUCGGCAGCGGCGUUUGGGGUGAAUCCGUUUGCUUGAUGAAGGCCGUUGACAAUCCCAGCGCCAGCUUCCAAGAGUCGCUGCCUCAGAGCACCAAGAAGCACACUCCGACGAUCCACGCAUCUUGCAUCCUUGACGCGCGGAGGUGUAUGGACGUUGUGCUGUUCCCUGAGCUCGUAGAAACGCGAUGUCUACCUGCCGGAACUCAAGCAGCUCUACGAAAGAACGAAACCGGUUGCUGGUUCGAGUUCAUCACCGGUCGUCUCAGGGACACUUGGGACUAUGCGUUUGUGUUGUACGUCGCUUCGGUUCAGCCACUCCCAUCUGCGGAUAAUGAGUGGACAUUUCACUUCAUUGACAACGGUCUCCUGGCAGGCAGACUUUCCCCAAUCAACUCAGAGACCAUCCUGGGCUUUGUCCUCAUCUCCUCUACAACUACGACCACCGCACCAUUCCUCCGGGCGGCGCUUUUCGCUACCACCAGGGACAUAUUGACCACUGACGUUUGCCUGAGCUUCGAAGUUGAAGAGGAGAUCCUCGAGCGACCGUCUCUACGCAUGUAUAUGCCAGAAGGCUUUCGAAGCACUGGCGGCUCCUGUGGAUAUGAAGCCAACGUAACGCAAUUUCCCGAUUGCAGCGGCAACAUGUUCCUGGCGGCAUCUGACAUCUCUUGCGAGGAAGGCUUUGACCCCCGGCAACUUCGAUACUAUUUGCACUUCGACACCACAGGCGAUGCGAAUAGCUCCUCUGGCUUCGCCUUUCAAUUCCAGGUCAAAGCCCCUCGAACAUCUCCGGAACCAAACACAUGGAGCUUGACACUGGAGACCCAGAAGGCUGCUUAUCUCUACAAACUCAAGUCGUUUUCUUGGAUGGCAGGAUUGAUGAGUUCUGAUGGCCUGGCCUUCAGGGCUGAGACGGGUGAUGUCGGGCAGUACUUGUCCCUCCUGACUCAGGGCUCUUAUGUCACAGAGAUGGAAAACAGCCUGCACCGAGGUUCGUGCGUGUAUCAGGGCCGGGUGCUCCCAUAUGAUGUGAUCUCACAAUUUCCUGACGAGAAUCCGGGAAUGCGGCUCAGCUUCAUGGACUGUGCAGACGCAAGCAGCGGAAUUGAUGCAAACCGACAAGGUAUGAAGACCUGCCAAACAUCGGCAUCUAUGGCACAAGCUGCGCUGCCUGGGAUUUUGUUCCGGGCACGCCCCACUAUGGCUGCUCGGCCGUGCUAUGUGGACAGCGAUUGCGGUAGCGGAAUGUCAUCAAGCUUGUUCAAUGGAUCAGAUAUGCACUACAGCUAUGAUGCAUGUGGUCGGGCACCAGAUUGCUACAACCACUUCGAUGACCCACGCUGCCCGUACGAUCCCACAGGCACAGAAUCCUUCGCCGUGCACAAAGGAGAUGGUUGCGAAUGUUUAUACCAUGGCGCAACUCUGCCAGAGAGCGUGUACACCGGGUACCCUUUGAACCAUCCUGGGCUCUAUACGAACUUGACCUACAUCAGCGUCUAUGGCACUACUUGCGCAGCAUGGGACCAGAUGCCGGAGACUCCGGGAGCAUCAUAUUGCACCAACAACGCUGACUGGUGCCACUCGCAGUUCAACUGGUGUCAACUUCCAUGGUGCUUCGUCGGGGAAGGCUGUUCGAGCAGACUGGCAAUGGAGGGUUUCGGGGGAUCGGCGGCUGCAUACUACAGCUACGACACUUGCCUGUCUGCGCCGGACUGCCGCACAAUGCCGUUUGAUGCUUCGUGUCCCUUCGAUGCUUCAGAUCUACACUGGGCAACAGCCGCAGAUUGCCCGCUUGGUUGGUCAGACACUUGUCAGUGCACAUAUCAGGGGACGACACUGCCACCAGAAAUGUACCUGAACUAUCCUCUCGACGAACCUGGCAAGUAUGCGAAGCUAGCCAACAUUGCCAUUUACGGCACUUCUUGUGCCGCAUGGGACUCUGUUCCUUCCACGCCAAUGGCCAGCAUGUGUGCUAUGGGAUCUGACUGGUCUACUGUAGAAAACAACUGGUGCCACGUCCCAUGGUGCUAUGUGAGCCCAGGAUGUGCAUCUGCUGUUGCGUCGACAGUGUUUAAUGGUUCCACCGUGAUGCACUACAGCUAUGAUGCGUGCGGAAAUGCGCCAGACUGCUACAACAACUUUGCUGGUGAUCCUCGUUGUCCUUAUGACCCAAGUGGCGAUGGCACAUUCGCUGUGCACAAGGGUCAAGGAUGUGAAUGCACUUUUCAAGGUGCCGAGUUGCCAUGGGAACUGUAUCUGCAGUAUCCGAAUGACCAUCCGGGCAUGUAUGCGAACUUGACCUACAUCAGCGUCUAUGGCACUACUUGCGCUGCAUGGGACCAGAUGCCGGAGACUCCGGGAGCAUCAUAUUGCACCAACAACGCUGACUGGUGCCACUCGCAGUUCAACUGGUGUCAACUUCCAUGGUGCUUCGUCGGGGAAGGCUGUUCGAGCAGACUGGCAAUGGAGGGUUUCGGGGGAUCGGCGGCUGCAUACUACAGCUACGACACUUGCCUGUCUGCGCCGGACUGCCGCACAAUGCCGUUUGAUGCUUCGUGUCCCUUCGAUGCUUCAGAUCUACACUGGGCAACAGCCGCAGAUUGCCCGCUUGGUUGGUCAGACACUUGUCAGUGCACAUAUCAGGGGACGACACUGCCACCAGAAAUGUACCUGAACUAUCCUCUCGACGAACCUGGCAAGUAUGCGAAGCUAGCCAACAUUGCCAUUUACGGCACUUCUUGUGCCGCAUGGGACUCUGUUCCUUCCACGCCAAUGGCCAGCAUGUGUGCUAUGGGAUCUGACUGGUCUACUGUAGAAAACAACUGGUGCCACGUCCCAUGGUGCUAUGUGAGCCCAGGAUGUGCAUCUGCUGUUGCGUCGACAGUGUUUAAUGGUUCCACCGUGAUGCACUACAGCUAUGAUGCGUGCGGAAAUGCGCCAGACUGCUACAACAACUUUGCUGGUGAUCCUCGUUGUCCUUAUGACCCAAGUGGCGAUGGCACAUUCGCUGUGCACAAGGGUCAAGGAUGUGAAUGCACUUUUCAAGGUGCCGAGUUGCCAUGGGAACUGUAUCUGCAGUAUCCGAAUGACCAUCCGGGCAUGUAUGCGAACUUGACCUACAUCAGCGUCUAUGGCACUACUUGCGCUGCAUGGGACCAGAUGCCGGAGACUCCGGGAGCAUCAUAUUGCACCAACAACGCUGACUGGUGCCACUCGCAGUUCAACUGGUGUCAACUUCCAUGGUGCUUCGUCGGGGAAGGCUGUUCGAGCAGACUGGCAAUGGAGGGUUUCGGGGGAUCGGCGGCUGCAUACUACAGCUACGACACUUGCCUGGCUGCGCCGGACUGCCGCACAAUGCCGUUUGAUGCUUCGUGUCCGUUCGAUUCUAGAGAUACCAAUUGGCCAACUGCAGAAGACUGUCCAAACAGCUGGUCCGAUGUAUGCGAGUGUCAGUACCAGGGCACCAUGCUGCCGCACGCUUUGGUCACUCAGUUUCCCAUGCAAGAUCCUGGUAUGUAUGCGCACAUGCCCAACAUCGGGGUGUAUGGCACAAGCUGCGCUGCCUGGGAUCAGGUGCCUGGAACACCCCUUUCCAGCGGAUGUGCUCCGGGUUCUGACUGGUCGAAGCCUGAAUUCAACUGGUGCCAACUUCCAUGGUGCUACGUCAACAGCACGUGUGCCUCGAGGAUCCCAACUCGAGUGUUCAAUGGCUCCAUGGCAUACUACAGCUACGACACAUGCGGCAACGCACCAGAUUGUUACCAUGAUUUCGCGCAAGAUCACCGGUGCCCAUAUGAUCCGUAUGGCAGCAAAAGCUACAAGGUUCACAAGGCUGAUGGCUGCGAGUGCCUGUUCCAUGGCCAGGAGCUUCCUGAUGAGGUCUUCGCCCUGGACACAAUGGAUGACUCGGACACUUCCGAAGUGUUUGGUAAUGUAUCUUAUGCCCGCAUCUAUGGGACCACCUGCGCUGCCUGGGAUCAGAUGCCUGAGAGCCCAUGGGCCCAGUACUGCCCGCGCCAUGCAGACUGGUGCCACAGCGAGCACAACUGGUGCCAGCUGCCAUGGUGCUAUGUCUCUGAGUCCUGUGAAUCAAAGCUGAACAGCACUAUAUUCGACAAUGUAUCUGUUUCUUUCUACAGCUAUGAUACCUGCCUGGACACCCCAAACUGCCGCGCAAUGCCCUUUGAUGCUUCGUGUCCGUUCGAUUCUAGAGACACCAAUUGGCCAACUGCGAGGGAGUGUACCGAAAGCUGGUCCGAUUCCUGUGAAUGUCAGUACCAAGGCUCCAUGCUGCCACAGGCUUGGUUUACGCACUUUCCCGCAGGAGAGCCAGGGAAGUUCAUCGGCAUGCCUAACAUCGCAGUGUAUGGCACAAGCUGCGCUGCCUGGGAUCAGGUGCCAGGGACGCCUCUUUCAGGCAGAUGUGCUCCGGGAUCUGACUGGUCGAGUCCUGAAUUCAACUGGUGCCAGCUUCCUUGGUGCUACGUCAGCCCGCAUUGCCCCUCACGGAUUCCCACUCGGGUCUUCAAUGGCUCCAUGGCAUACUACAGCUAUGAUGCCUGCGGCAACGCGCCAGACUGUUACAGCUAUUUCCACCGUGAUCAUCGAUGUCCUUAUGAUCCGUACAGUGGUAAGACUUACAAGAUUCACAAGAAUGGCGAGUGCGACUGCUUGUUUCAUGGCUCACUUCUGUGGCACACCACAUACAGCCUGCAUCCGAUAACUGAGGCGGGCAAAUAUGCAAACCUGAGCCGCAUCAGCAUCUAUGGCACUACUUGCGCUGCAUGGGAUCAGAUGCCUGAGACUCCAUGGGCCCAGUACUGCCCGCGCAAUGCGGACUGGUGCCACAGCCACUACAACUGGUGCCAGCUGCCAUGGUGCUACGUUUCUGAGGCAUGUCCCAGCCGACUGCGCAGUACUGUGUUCGAUGAUGCCUCCACUGCCUUCUACAGCUACGACACCUGUUCGGACACGCCCAACUGCCGCACAAUGCCGUUUGAUGCUUCGUGUCCGUUCGAUUCUAGAGAUACCAAUUGGCCAACUGCAGAAGACUGUCCAAACAGCUGGUCCGAUGUAUGCGAGUGCCAGUACCAAGGCACCAUGCUGCCGCAGGCUUUGUUCAUGCAGUUUCCCAUGCAAAAUCCUGGUAUGUAUGCGCAUAUGCCCAACAUCGGGGUGUAUGGCACAAGCUGCGCUGCGUGGGAUCAGGUGCCAGGAACACCCCUUUCCAGCGGAUGUGCUCCGGGUUCUGACUGGUCGAAGCCUGAAUUCAACUGGUGCCAACUUCCAUGGUGCUACGUCAACAGCACGUGUGCCUCGAGGAUCCCAACUCGAGUGUUCAAUGGCUCCAUGGCAUACUACAGUUACGACUCAUGCGGCAGUGCACCAGACUGCUACCAUGAUUUCGCGCAAGAUCACCGGUGCCCAUAUGAUCCGUAUGGCAGCAAAAGCUACAAGGUUCACAAGGCUGAUGGCUGCGAGUGCCUGUUCCAUGGGGCAGCUCUUCCUACUGAUGUAUACCUGUCUUAUCCUAGCAAUGAGCCGGGAAAAUAUGCAAACCUGAGCCACAUCAGCAUCUAUGGCACAACUUGUGCUGCAUGGGAUCAGAUGCCUGAGACUCCAUGGGCCCAGUACUGCCCGCGCAAUGCGGACUGGUGCCACAGCCACUACAACUGGUGCCAGCUGCCAUGGUGCUACGUUUCUGAGGCAUGUCCCAGUCGAUUGACGAGUACUGUAUUGAACGCUGCGUCCACCACAUUCUUCAGCUAUGAGACAUGCCUGUCCGCACCAGACUGCCGUGCAUCACCGUUCGAUGCUUCCUGUCCCUUCGAUUCCGGAGACACCAGCUGGUCGACGGCAGAAGACUGUCCAAACAGCUGGUCCGAUGUAUGCGAGUGCCAGUACCAAGGCACCAUGCUGCCGCAGGCUUUGUUCAUGCAGUUUCCCAUGCAAAAUCCUGGUAUGUAUGCGCAUAUGCCCAACAUCGGGGUGUAUGGCACAAGCUGCGCUGCGUGGGAUCAGGUGCCAGGAACACCCCUUUCCAGCGGAUGUGCUCCGGGUUCUGACUGGUCGAAGCCUGAAUUCAACUGGUGCCAACUUCCAUGGUGCUACGUCAACAGCACCUGUGCCUCGAGGAUCCCAACUCGAGUGUUCAAUGGCUCCAUGGCAUACUACAGUUACGACUCAUGCGGCAAUGCACCAGACUGCUACCAUGAUUUCGCGCAAGAUCACCGGUGCCCAUAUGAUCCGUAUGGCAGCAAAAGCUACAAGGUUCACAAGGCUGAUGGCUGCGAGUGCCUGUUCCAUGGGGCAGCUCUUCCUACUGAUGUAUACCUGUCUUAUCCUAGCAAUGAGCCGGGAAAAUAUGCAAACCUGAGCCACAUCAGCAUCUAUGGCACUACUUGUGCUGCAUGGGAUCAGAUGCCUGAGACUCCAUGGGCCCAGUACUGCCCGCGCAAUGCGGACUGGUGCCACAGCGACUACAACUGGUGCCAGCUACCUUGGUGCUUCGUUAGUGAGAGAUGUGAGAGUCGGGUGGUCAGCAGGGUGUUCGAUGGGUCAGCGGUGGCUUUUCUCAGCUAUGACACAUGCCUUUCGAGUCCAGAUUGCUUCUCAGUGCCAUAUGAAGAUGAUUGCCCUUUUGAUUGGACCCAGAGCAGCUGGAGCACUCCUGCACAGUGUCCCUAUGAUUGGUCCGACGUUUGCGAUUGCAUAUACCAGGGCAACAGGCUUCCUUCGGAACUCGUCAGGAAUUUCCCCUCGGCAUUUCCGGGCAAGUUCAAGGACUACCGUAACAUUGAAACUUGGAUGAAUUGCCCUACAGGAUUUGCUUCAGUGCCACAUACGCCGUUGUACGCCCACUGCAAGCCUGGAUCGAAUUGGAGCGAGCAGGAGUACAACUGGUGCCAGCUGCCUUGGUGCUAUGUUGGCCCAGCGUGCCCAACCAGACUAAAGACGCAGCUCUUCGCCGGGUCAAGCACCACAUAUUUCAGUUAUGAUGCAUGCGGGAAUGCACCGGACUGCUACCACGACUUCGAGAGCCCUCGCUGUCCUUAUGAUCCUUACAGCACACUGUCCUACAAGAUUCACAAAGGCAACGGGUGCGAAUGCAUCUACCAAGGGAAUCUGCUUCCGAGCUACGUCUACCAGAAUUUCCCACUUAGCCAGCGUGGACGAUAUGCCAACUUGACAGCAAUUGGAAUCUAUGGCACAACGUGUGCUGCAUGGGACCAGAUGCCAGAAACGCCGUUGGCGAACCACUGUCCUCCCGACGCUGACUGGUGCCUCUCCAGCUACAACUGGUGCCAACUGCCUUGGUGCUACGUGUCUUCGGACUGCUCCAGCAAGCUUCGGACAAGCCUGUUUGAUGGUUUUCUUGAGAUGUAUUACAGCUACGACACCUGCUUGUCCACACCAGAUUGCUACACUGACCCUUUUGAUGAUCGGUGCCCGUUCGACCGCAAAGAUACAGCCUGGUCAACGGCGAGUGAUUGCGAGGACUACAACAAUGAGGUGCGUUUCGAUGGGUGGAAGGAUGUGUGCCGGUGUGAGUACCAGGGAACCUUGCUGCCAGAAGAGCUCUACACCAGCUAUCCGCUUGAGGCACCAGGCACAUUCUCCCGCCUUCCCAACAUCGGCGUGUAUGGAACGUCUUGUGCUGCGUGGGACUACAUGCCCGGCACACCAAUGGCUACACAUUGCCCACCCCACUCUAACUGGUCGAACUCUGACACUAACUGGUGCCAGCUGCCCUGGUGCUACGUGAGCAAAGAAUGUGUCUACAAGAUUCCCAGCCGCGUCUUCAAUGGUUCCACGGCGUAUUUCAGCUACGAAAUCUGUGGCAAGACCCCAGAUUGCGACAGCAACUAUGUAGCCGAUGCCCGGUGUCCAUACGAUCCGCAUGGCACGAAAUCCUACACACUGCACAAGGGUGAGGGGUGCGAAUGCUUGUAUCACGGAGGAGAGCUACCAUCGCAUGUCUACCAAAGCUACCCGAUGGAACAGCCAGGAAAGUAUGCGAACCUUACGUACGUCAAGCUGUAUGGCACAAGCUGCGCGGCCUGGGAUCAGGUGCCAGAGACGCCCUGGUUUGAAUACUGCCCUGUGGGUAGUGACUGGUGCAGUUCUGCCAGCAACUGGUGCCAGCUGCCUUGGUGUUAUGUUGGGGGCAACUGUUCGAGUCGAGUUGCUAGUACGGUCUUUGCAGGUUCCGAGGUGGCUUUCCACAGCUAUGACACCUGCCUAUCGACCCCCGACUGCCGCACCAUUCCCUAUGACUUGCCUUGUCCUUUUGAUGCGAAGUUUUCCGCGUGGUCGACGGCUGCUGAUUGUCGUGACGGGUGGUCGGACAUCUGCGAGUGCAAAUUCCAGGGCACUGUCUUGCCAGCUUCAACUUACAUGAACUACCCGAUUCAAGACCCUGGAAGGUAUGCAGACCUACCCCACAUCGCUGCGUAUGGCACUGCUUGCGCUGCAUGGGACCAAGUUCCUGGCACGCCAUUUGCGCCCAUGUGCCCACCGGGCUCUGACUGGUCAAGUGCGGAGUACAACUGGUGCCAGCUACCCUGGUGCUACGUGGAUUCGGAUUGCGUCACCAGGCGCUCCACCAGUGUCUUUAAUGGCACCACUAUGUACUACAGCUAUGAUGCUUGCGGAAAUGCUCCGGAUUGCUACAAUCACUUCACCACAGAAGAUCGCUGUCCUUGGGACCCUUAUCACAUGAAGAUGUACCGCCUGCACAAAGACAAGGGCUGUGAGUGUAUUCAUGCUGGACAAAUGCUGCCUCUUGAUGUAAUUGAAAGGUACCCCAUGAAUGAGCCAGGCAAGUAUGCAAAUUUGAGUUUUAUACGAAUCUACGGGACAAGCUGCGGGUCCUGGGACACCUUGCCAGCUGGUCCCCUGAGUGACUACUGCCUUCCGGGCUCAGACUGGUGCUCCACAGAGAGCAACUGGUGCCAGCUUCCAUGGUGCUUCGUGGCUGCUUCAUGCGCCACGAAAAUCCGGAGCAGAUUGCUUGAUGGGCCUGGCACACAGUUCUACAGCUAUGACACCUGUCUUUCCUCACCAGACUGCCGCAAUGUCCCUUAUGAUGCAGCCUGCCCCUUCGACUCCACUGACAAUGGCUGGUCAACCGCGGAGCAGUGCCCGGACAGUUGGUCAGAUGUGUGUGCGUGCAUGUAUCAAGGGGGCAGCCUUCCAGCUACGAUCUACAACAACUUCCCAUCCUUAGAACCUGGGAGGUGGGCCACGCUGCAAAAUACCCCCAUCUACGGAACGUCCUGUGCUGCCUGGGAUGUGGUGCCUCAGACUCCUCAAUCCGUCUUCUGCCCACCAGGCGCCGACUGGUCCUCUGAAAGUCUGAGCUGGUGUCAACUGCCAUGGUGCUAUGUCAGCGAGAGCUGCGUGACCAGGAUCGCCACUCGUGUCUUUGAGGGGUCUGACUUGUGGUUUAGCUACGAUGCCUGUGGCAACGCGCCUGAUUGUUACAACCACUUCAGCACCAGUGCCAAAUGCCCAUACGACCCUUAUGGCAGCAACACUUACAUGGUACACAAAGGUGGCAGCUGCGCGUGCAAGUACCAUGGUUAUGAGCUGCCGUUUGAAGCCUACACAAGGUUUCCUGUCAGAGAGCCUGGAAAGUAUGAGAAUAUGCCGCAUAUCGCAGUCUACGGCACUACAUGCGCCGCUUGGGAUCAGAUGCCAAACACUCCCAGCUACUGCCCUGCUGGUGUGGACUGGUGCAGCAGUGAACACAACUGGUGUCAACUUCCGUGGUGCUUUGUUGGAGCCAACUGCAGCACGAAGCUCGCAAGCUCCAUAUUUCAAGGCUCAGACGUGGCAUACUACAGUUAUGAUACCUGCUUGUCCGCGCCAAAUUGUCGGGACGAGCCAUUCGAUCCCAGAUGUCCGUAUGACUCCAGUGAUGCAGGAUGGUCAACUGCUCAGGUGUGCACUGAUGGAUGGAGCGAUGUUUGCCAAUGUCUCCAUCAAGGUGAUGUGUUGCCUGAAGAUAUAUACGUGCAGUACCCAAUGCAGGAGCCAGGCAAGUACAUGAACAUGUCGAGCAUCUCAUUUUAUGGCACAAGCUGUGCUGCAUGGGACCAAGUGCCUGGAACGCCUUGGGCACACUUCUGCCCGCCUGGGUCUGAUUGGUCCACUGAAACCUUCAACUGGUGUCAAGUGCCAUGGUGUUAUGUUAGCGCGAGUUGCAAGUCGCGCAUUCGUAGUUCUGUCUUUGAUGGUUCCUCCACACUUUACUACAGCUACGACGUCUGUGGCAACGCCCCUGAUUGCUACAACGACUUCACCGGAGACCGCCGAUGCCCCUUUGAUCCCUCGCGAGCCUUGUCAUAUGCCUUGCACAAAGGACAUGGGUGUGAGUGCCUCUACCAUGGAACAGAGUUGCCUUCAGAGACUUACUUGAACUACCCUGUUGAAGAUCCGGGCAAGUAUGCCACGCUGCUCGCCAUCAAGAUCUAUGGUACCGGCUGCGCAGCCUGGGAUCAGAUGCCAGCAACCCCGUGGGCAAGCUAUUGUCCGGCCGAUGCGGAUUGGUGUCACUCAGACAACAACUGGUGCCAGCUUCCAUGGUGCUACGUGGGCGACAGUUGCGAGUCUAAACUGCCGACUAGUGUGUUCAACGGCUCGGCUACCAUGUAUUACAGCUACGACACAUGCUUCUCCACUCCGAACUGCCAUCUGCCCCUGGAACCUGGGUGUCCAUAUGACGUGACGGUGGCUCAUUGGGCGACUGGCUCCGAUUGCCCGAAUGGAUGGUCCGAUGUUUGUGACUGCGUAUAUCAGGGCUCGACACUUCCCGAGGACUUGCAUGACCAGUUCCUUCUUUAUAACCCAGGCCUGCACCAGAACCGGACGAGCAUGGCGCUGUAUGGGACAAGCUGCGCCGCCUGGGAUGUCAUUCCGGGAACCCCACAUUCUGAAACAUGCCUGUCUACAUCAGAUUAUUCUGGGGAUCUGAAUUGGUGCCAGGUGCCGUGGUGCUACGUCAAUAGUUCUUGCCCUACACGAAUUCCGAGUCGGGUCUUGGACGGCUCUGGCGUUUUCUUUAGCUAUGAUAGUUGUGGGAAUGCCCCAGACUGCUACAACCACUUCCAGGCAAGCAAGUGCCCUUUCGACCCGUAUGGGACACAGAUGUACACACUACACAAGGGCAGUGGAUGUCAGUGCCUUUUUCAUGGUUCACAUCUGCCAGAAGAGGUCUAUACGAUGCAUCCCAGUGAGCAUCCCGGACUAUACAGUAACCUCACUCACAUUUCCGUCUACGGAACAGCCUGUGCUGCAUGGGAUCAGAUGCCUGGAACUCCUUGGGCUGGGUUUUGCCCUCAUGGGGCAGAUUGGUGUGCAUCCACACACAACUGGUGCCAGCUUGCGUGGUGCUAUGUGUCUAGUGAUUGUGAAACCCGGCUUGCUAGCACACUCUUCAGUGGAUCUGCGGCAGCUUUUUACAGCUAUGACACCUGCAUGUCAAUGCCAAAUUGCCUCAGCUUUCCCUAUGAUCCCCGCUGCCCAUUCGACAAGCAGGAUUUAUCUUUCUCUACUGCUGCGGACUGUCGCUAUGGUUGGACUGACACACCUGGUGUCCCAAUCACCUUGUUCGACGCAGUCCUCGUGAUGGAUGACGUGUGGGAUUUCAGGGCAUCUGCUUACCAGGAGAGCGUAGUUAGCACCACAGGGCUCAGCAGCCAACAGGUUCUCAUGGACUCUGUGCAGUAUCGGGUGGCGAUUCCAUACGCCCUACUCUGGGCUUCUGUGCAAAUAGGCGAUGCGGAGCUGUCAGAAGCAGUAUCUGCGGCCACCAAGAUCGAUCUUUCCAAGGUCUUGGUGCGAUCCAACAGACGCCUGUCAGACUCGGACUCAGCCUCGUGGAGCGAACGAAGGCUGCAGAGCUUGUUCCAAGUCUACGCCUUGACUGACAAUGCCGCCGAUUUGAGCAGCAUGCAGUCCAGACUUGCGAAUGCUAGCUUGCUUCAAACGAGCCUGGCAGCAAGUGGGGUUGAGGCUCGCAUGCAGAUCACGGGCGCUGCGCAGCAGGAGGUGCUGGUUUCUACCAGGCUUCUGGCUGCUGACCCUAUGGACCCUCCGGCGGCAUCUCCUGAUGCAGCCGCCCUGUCCAGCGAUAUGUCACAGCGGCUAGGGAUCGUGGUUUCGGCGCAAAUUGAGAACGAGGCCGUGAAGCUGCCACCGACCUCAACAACAGUCACAGAGACAUCCACCACGACCAUUUCAUCCACAUCAACAUCCAGUACCGCGACACAUACCAGCUCCACCACUCUCUCCACGACCUCCAUCACGCUGACAACCACAACGCUCGUUAUCGAGACUCGGAUUCUGCUCAAUGGAGUGGAGUACCUGAGCACGGAGAUCGAGGCCUGGGCUGUGGGAAUGAAGUUCUGCCUCCCGGAUACCAGCACGAUGACAUCCACGACCAUGACAACCACGGGGCAGUAUGUUGGAGCAGCUGAGAUUGGAGGUGCCGUCGUCUUCCAGCUUUGCCGGGACAUUUUUCAACAGGACCCGCCCAGCACGAUGGAUUGCUACUGGCGUGAGGAUGCGUUGUCUGAGUGGAUUCUUUUUGGAGGGGCCGGAACAUGUGAAGCUGCCACAUGCCGUUGCGCAGCCUGGAGUGCCGGAAAUCACGACUAUCAGCUACGACUGAGCUUGGGCGGCCAAGAUCACUUCACAACUGAGAAGCUCGCUACUGCUUCAGGGCCGAAGUAUUGCCCCACGGAAACUACGAGCACAACCACCACGACCACCACUACCACGACAGCCACGGAAAGCAUUGGCGUUCAAGAGAUGAAUGGAGCAGUGUUCUUCCACGUGUGCAGCGAUGUUGAGGGACCCGUUAUUUGCAGCUGGCGGCGAAGAGGAGAAUUCUUUUGGUUUCCGUUCGAGGGCUAUGGCUCGUGCUAUGCACGGAAGUGUACCUGCCCGGCCAUCACAACGGACAUGUUCUUCAGCAUGAGAGUUCCUAGCACAGUCGAGUCGACCACUACCGUAACCACCUUCACAGCCACGUCAACAACUGAAACAAUGACCACCAGCUCAACGCGGCCUCCGAACACCACCAUUGCCAAGACAGCCCGUUGCAUCACAGCUCGUGCUGCCCCAUGGCUCCUGAUGCUGUUGCUGCUCUGCGCGUUCUUCGCGUAG